CAGCAACGCAGCCAUCUCGACAAAUAGCCACAUUUCUUGGCUCUGCGAACAGCCACGGUGGUUCUGCACUCGUCAUCCUUGCAACGGACAGUCAAUAUCGCCAGCCUCAAGGUCUUUCAAUAUGACUCCGGAACAAAAAUUCGCCAUUCCAAAGGGCUCAACGGUCCUGGUGACGGGUGCGAACGGCUUCAUCGGCUCUCACGUCUGCAAUGAACUGCUGCAGCUGGGGUUCAACGUCCGCGGAACGGUUCGCGACGUGUCGAAAUGUGCAUGGCUACCAGAGGCACUGAAGCGACAGAGACCGAAGGGAGACUUCAUGUUGGUUUCACUGCCGGACAUGGAGAAGGAGGGCGUUUUUGACUCUGCUACUGAAGGUGUCUCUGCUGUGAUACAUGCCGCCUCUCCAGUGUCUUUUAGCCCAAACCCCGAGAGCGUCAUUCCUAGGAGUAUCACUGUGGCUUUGAAUGCGCUCAGGGCCGCUAAUAAAGCGACGAGUGUGAAGCGGUUCAUCUUCACAAGUUCUUCUGUUGCUGCAGCUCUCCCUCAACCUGAGAAGAAGGGUAUAGAGGUGACUUCCGACAGUUGGAACACUGAGUCGGUAGAGAUAGCAUGGAGGGAGGCUCCGUACCACCCCCAGCGAGCGUGGCAUAUUUAUGCCGCAAGUAAGGUGGAAGCCGAGAUGGCAGUGUGGAAGUUUUAUCACGAGAACAUCAGGCGACGUUAUGACUUGAUAGUUAGCUCCGUGCUUCCCGGAACCAACUUUGGAAGAGCUUUGGAUGCGACCAAUCAGGGACAUUCGUCAACUUCAUCCUUUAUCGAAAGUCUAUGGAACGGAACGCACGUAGAUCGCCUAGCAAGUAUUCCGCCACAGUAUUUCGUCGACGUAGAAGACAACGCUCGACUUCACGUUGCUGCUGCGGUGCUCCCCAACGUUCGCAGUGAGAGAAUCUUUGCUUGGGCUGAACCCUUCAACUUUGACACCGUGCUUGAUAUUUUGCGCACGCACUUCCCGGAGAAGAAUUUUGUGGACAACUUUCACCAUUACCGCGAGCUUUCUGUCGUUUCGCAACCCCAAUCGCGGGCAGUUGAGCUGCUGAGGCAGCUCGGAAGAGAAGGCUUUGUUCCUUUGAAGCAGAGCGUACUCCUCAACGUUGAGGAUUUAUCAUGAGGCGACCAUGAGAGCAACAAACGAGAGAUGAACCGAGCGCAAGCAGUCUUGAGGAUGCCACGAUAACGGGCAGACGCCAACAACUAGGGUUCACACUUUUUUACUUUUUCGCUGAACCCAAUUUCUUUGACAACGUCACCUAGCUGUGGCAACUUUUUUUCUACCUUUUCUUUACAUGUAUAUACUUGAUCUACAUAUUCUGUGUCCUUGUCUAGCUUCAACACAAGGCCGGGUCAUAGUGUCACUCCUUAAGUAGAUCCUCUCAGGGGUGCCGAUCGCGCGACAGGGGAAAGGGGUAGCUUAACGAGCAUCAACCUUGUCGUCGAGAAUGGCCAUGGUCUAUAAAUAUCACAAUGCACAGAGCACGCAGCAAGG